GGAAAUAGCAUGGACAAACAACAACUAUUUAUAAUAGUAUAAGCAAUCAAUGGAGUCAAGGAAAACAACUCAGCCAUGAUACACAUAAAAAUUGGAGGGAGAAUCCAUAGGUCAAGCUUCAUGCAUCUUUGAAGUUAAACAAGACUUCAUUAGGUCAAGACGACUGCAAAUCAAUGGUGUUUUUCGGUUGCGUCCAAAACAAGGCCCUCUCUGGUCAUGUGAUCAAGACUCUCCAAGUCUCACCUAGUACAGCAACAUGCCCACAGAUGUGUUUUAUGGAAGCCAAUUGUAUGUCAUACAACAUGGGCCCAAUAGAAGGAGAGACGAGAUCGUGUGAUCUGAACGAUGCUGACAAUGUGCUAGACUAUCUGGAUGUGGUGGCGAAAGAUGGAUUUGAAUUCUGCACUUUUAAGAAUCCCUGUUCUUCCAGUCCUUGUGCAGCGGGUAAAGUGUGCCUACCUGAUGCCUCGUGGAACUCGUUUAACUGUAGUAAUGGACGAUGGAGCCAAUGGACGUCAUGGUCUUCCUGUGUCUGUGACCAGACACGCACGCGUCAGUGUGUGGAUCCAUUCACCCAACAAACGGCAACCGAUUGUUCUGGAUCAUAUGAGGAAAAGCGAAAUUGUAAAGCAGCAGGAACAAAUACAACUGAUGGUACCUUGUGCGUUUUCCCGUUCCUCUACAAAGAGGUAUGGUACAAUCAUUGCACAUGUGUCGAUUGGAAUCAUCCUUGGUGUGCAACUACGCAAAUCUAUGACAAAUACGCCUGGGGUAACUGUGUUAAUUGAAGAAGGACGUCGAUGAGAACCUAUUAUAGUUAUUCCGAGGUUGUGGGGGGGAGGGGGGAAGGGAUCGAGUAAAUAAUAAUAAUUGAGUUAGUAUUGCAAUAGGGCAAUACGGCAAUUGGGCAAUCGAAUCUGGUCAAUCAAAUGAACUGUUCGCUAACAGUUUACAUACUUGAUGUUAGUGUAUUGCCCAAUUUCCAUGUCUUGACUGUUGUCUCGAUCAGCGCCGUGUAGCAAUUAAAACAGUGGUAAAACUAUCAAUACAUGCAGGAUAUCGAUGAGCUAGCUCAUUGCAUGUUCACCGUUUUGGGGUUAAAUUAGCCUGCGUAACAGGCCCAUUUUCUCUCGGCUCCCAUCCAGCAACGUCGAGGAACGCCUGCUACUAGAUGCUACGCAGGCUAGGGUUAAAUGUUCAUAAUGGAAGGUAUCCUCGUGUCAGACUCGCAGCUGAAUAAAUGUAAGACAUACGAUUGAUCGAAGUUAUCUUUGCUAAUCUCGUAAUGGGCUGCCUGACUUUGAUUAGUCGAAUAACUACGAAUAACUAGUUUUAUUUGUAAUCUUGCAAUUGCUUUAAAUAAACUUGUUGUUGUUGUUGUU